CAAAAGCGGAACCAUCGCUAUAGUUGUACCAAACUACCCGGAGUUUAUUUCGGAUACACGGGAAGUCAGGCAGUUUUUUCCCCGUAGAAGCGUUUUAGCCGGUUCAUUUGCAUUAGGAUUUAACAAUUACUAUUAAGUAAUAAAAAUCAGAUUAUCUAGUUUCUGUUAAACUUGUAUGAGUUAAUUUACAUCCCUCAAUAUGUUGAUUAAAGUUAAGACACUCACAGGCAAAGAAAUAGAAAUUGACAUCGAGCCUACAGACAAGGUGGAGAGAAUCAAAGAAAGGGUGGAAGAAAAGGAGGGGAUCCCACCACAACAGCAAAGACUCAUUUACAGCGGAAAACAAAUGAAUGAUGAGAAGACUGCUGCGGACUACAAGAUUCAGGGAGGAUCUGUCCUGCAUUUAGUUCUGGCUCUCCGAGGAGGGAAAAACCUGCACAAUCACCCAGUGUUUUUCCUCUAAUCUAUUGUUAAGCUUGUAAAUAGUAGAAAUCUGUGUUAUCAUGACUUGCCAGGUGGCUCUGGUGCUUAAAGCCACAAGAGGACAUUCGGCUUUGCAUACAUCGCUCUCUAAAUCAUAUUGUUGUGAUUCUGAACAGUUUACAACCUAAACGUGAGUUAAUGUUGAUGUUUGUUUCUGCAGUACAUGACGCUGUACACUUUAGCAGGUUAAGAACUGUUACUCAUGUUUUGAGAUAAAGACACUGCUCCCUUAUAAGGGCUCAUAAAUUAGUUUGCAUUAUCCCUGGCUAUUUUAAAUUCAGCUCCUGAACAUGCAUCAAGACACGCUGUUUCAUUAAAGAGGUGCUGAUGUUGCACCAUCAUCUUCCUAAAACUAAUUUCUUGAAUGCAGUGCAUUAUACCAUAUAUGUUUUAUUGUAUUGUGUUCGGAUAAAAGAGGAAUAAACAUAUCGGAAAAAUGGA